AUGGUUACAAAGAGUAUUUUGAAGCUGGCCCUGGCCGACGAAAAGGGCACGGAUUUUGCCAAGAUCAAGGAGAAGCGCCGGUUGAAGGCUCUUCGCAAGGCCAAGGAGCAGAAGAAGGCCGCUAAAGAGAAAGCCGCGAAGGUGUCGGCCGAGCCUGGCGACGGUAGCGACGACGAGGAGUGGGAAGAUGAGGAGGAGGAGGAGAACAGUGAGAAUGAACGAAGGCUAGAUAUCGAAGAACUCGAUGACAGUGACAGUUCCGACUCGGAGGUGGAGAUGGAGGAGCGGUUACCUCGCCCGCCGAAGAAGCAAAUCCAGACUCCGGCAAAGUCGAAGACUAGCAGCAAAAACGCCAAGGUGACGGCCGGCGACAGCGAUGACGACGAAGACGAAGAAGAAGAGGACGAAGACGAUAUCCCAGUCUCUGAUCUCGAAGAUCUCGAAGAAGAAGAAAAGGAAGACCUAAUCCCCCACACACGCCUCACCAUCAACAAUACAGCAGCCCUCCUUACGUCCCUUAACCGGAUACGGAUACCUACCGAUUCCUCGGCCCCGUUUGCGACACACCAGUCUAUUACUUCUUCCACACGCACCGCCGAUGAUAUACCCAAUGUUUCGGAUGACCUCCAGCGCGAACUUCAGUUCUACAAGCAAAGUCGAGAUGCCGUGCUCAAGGCUCGGACAUUACUUCGUAAGGAAGGCGUUCCUUUCUCUCGACCCAACGACUACUUUGCGGAAAUGGUCAAGAGCGAUGAACAUGUGGAAAAGAUCCGGCAAAAGUUGAUCGAGGAGGCCACGGCGAAGAAGGCUUCCGCCGAAGCGCGCAAGCUCAGAGAUCUAAAGAAGUUUGGCAAGCAAGUACAGAUCGCCAAGCUCCAAGAACGACAAAAGGCGAAGAAGGAUUCCCUUGAAAAGAUCAAGGCUCUCAAGAGAAAGCGUCAAGAAUCCGGCAACGCAGGCACCCACGAGGCAGACGACCUCUUCGACGUAGCCGUGGACAACGAGCUGCGAUCCAACGAUAGCAAGCGUUUCAAGUCGGCCGGCAAGGGCGGCCGCUCCGACGACCGCGUCCCCAACCCCAAGCGCCAGAAGAAGAACGAAAAGUACGGCUUCGGCGGGAAGAAGCGCCACGCUAAGUCCGGGGACGCCUUCAGCUCUGCCGACCUUAGCGGGUUCAGCGUUAAGAAGAAUAAGGCUGGGUUUAAGGCUAAGAGGCCGGGGAAGGCUAGGAGGAAGGCUAUUACUUCGAGGAAUUGA